GACGCAACGAAAGGCCUGCGAUUAAAGGAAGGAGAGAAGAUAUUUCAACGGGGCUUGACUAUAAAAUAGACAAAAUAUUGAAUAAAAAUACCUACUUAACUUGGAUGAAUCACAACAGCCAUUUAUCGUAAGGUGUAAUUUUUCUCCGUGUCACCCAAUUCUGUCCCGUCAAUCGUCCUCCAUUCCCAGCACAUUGCAUACUUUUAUGGCCACGUCCUUGACGGGAUAAGAGGAUGAGGAUGAGUGUGUUGUGUGCUGUGUGUGUGUGUGUUUGAGAGGCAAAAAAGAUACAAAAUGCGAGCAAAAGUGAGGCCAAUAAAAAGGCGAUAAAAUUGACGCCGAUACAGGAGCAGGAGCAGGAGCAGAAGGAGGAGCAGGAGUGAAGGAAAGGAGGAAGCGAUAAGCGUAUCCUGUCGGCAGAGUGCAUAAAAAGGCGAUAUAUAUUCCCGUAUUCCGUAUUCCGUGUCCGGUGUCCUGUGUCCUGUGUCCCGUGUCCUGUGUCCUGUGUCCUCGCUGCAGCCUCCGAUAGCCAACGAUUCAAAUGCCUUGCGGUGAUUAAUGGGCCAGUGGCCAUUGCCGACGGGAUGCGCAUAAUUCACCUGACCAGAUACGGCCCCUGCCAAUGGCUGGCCCUGGGUUUGGGCCUAUUCCUGGCCCUGGCCUGGACCACGGUAGCGGCGGCAGCCAUGGAAUCCUCGGCCGAGCUGCAGGCACUCGGCUACAAUGAGGCAAUUAAGGUGCCAGGUGCCUCAAUUAGCACCGAACGACCGAAAUCCAGAGAAGGUAUAAGAGCAGCAGGAGCAGCAGGAGCAGGAGCAGGAGCAGAAGGAGGAGCAGGAGCAGCAGGAGCAGCACAACAUCCCCACGAGAGGCCUUUGGCCCAACGCUCCGAAUGGAAACACAAACGGACGAAAGUCAAGCGCCGUCAGCAGCGCCUCAAUUCGCAGCACAGCAAUCUUCCCGGGAGCAGUGCCAAUGCCUCCUCCUCUCAUUACCAUCACAACUACUACAAUGGCAACUACAAUCCCCUGCCGGCAAACUUGCCGCCCAGGCAGCGUUACCUGAAGGUCAACCAGGUGUUCGAGAGCGAGCGCCGCAUGUCCCCCGACGAGAUGGAGCGCAAUCAUGGCAAGAUUGUCCUGCUCGGCCUCUUUGAGCUCUCCACGUCACGGGGACCACGGCCGGAUGGCCUCAGUGAGCUGGGAGCGGCCACCAUGGCGGUGGAGCACAUCAACCGCAAGCGUUUGCUCCCAGGAUACACCCUGGAGCUGGUCACCAAUGACACACAGUGCGAUCCUGGAGUGGGCGUAGAUCGGUUUUUCCACGCCAUUUACACACAGCCCUCGACACGGAUGGUGAUGCUGCUGGGAUCGGCCUGCUCGGAGGUCACCGAGAGUCUGGCCAAGGUGGUUCCAUACUGGAACAUUGUGCAGGUUUCCUUUGGAUCAACUUCGCCGGCGCUGAGCGACAGGCGGGAAUUCCCCUAUUUCUAUAGGACCGUGGCCCCGGAUUCCUCGCACAAUCCGGCAAGGAUUGCCUUCAUCCGAAAGUUUGGCUGGGGCACAGUGACCACCUUCUCGCAGAACGAGGAGGUGCAUUCCCUGGCGGUGAACAACCUGGUCACCGAACUGGAGGCGGCCAACAUAUCCUGCGCCGCCACCAUCACCUUUGCGGCCACGGACUUUAAGGAGCAGCUGCUGCUGCUAAGGGAGACGGACACGCGCAUCAUCAUCGGCAGCUUCUCGCAGGAGCUGGCACCGCAGAUCCUGUGCGAGGCCUACAGGCUACGCAUGUUUGGGGCGGACUACGCCUGGAUCCUGCACGAGAGCAUGGGUGCUCCUUGGUGGCCAGACCAGAGGACCGCCUGCUCCAACCAUGAGCUGCAGCUGGCCGUGGAGAAUCUCAUCGUGGUGUCCACGCACAACAGCAUCGUGGGGAACAAUGUCAGUUACAGUGGACUGAACAAUCACAUGUUCAACUCGCAGCUGCGCAAACAGUUUGCCCAAAUCCAUGGCCAGGAUGUGGUCCCCGGAUUGGGAUCCAGGAUCAGUGCAACGCAACGUCGUCGACGUCGAAGAGGAGCAGGGGGAAGCAGCAGCAGCGGAGGAGGAGGAGGAGGAGCAGGAGGAGGUCACCUCUUCCCGGAGGCCAUCUCUCAGUAUGCACCACAGACCUACGAUGCCGUUUGGGCCAUUGCCUUGGCCCUGAGAGCCGCCGAGGAGCACUGGCGACGCAAUGAGCAAAAGUCGAAGCUGGAUGGAUUCGAUUACACCCGCAGCGACAUGGCCUGGGAGUUCCUCCAGCAGCUGGGCAAGCUGCACUUCCUGGGGGUAUCGGGUCCCGUGUCCUUUAGCGGCCCGGAUCGCGUGGGCACCACUGCCUUCUAUCAGAUCCAGCGCGGAAUGCUGGAGCCUGUGGCCCUCUACUAUCCGGCCACGGAUGCCCUGGACUUCCGGUGUCCCCGCUGCCGGCCGGUGAAGUGGCACAGCGGUCAGGUGCCCAUUGCCAAGCGAGUGUUCAAGCUGCGGGUGGCCACCAUUGCUCCUCUGGCCUUCUACACCAUCGCCACGCUCUCCAGUGUGGGAAUAGCGCUGGCCAUUGCCUUUCUCGCCUUCAAUCUGCAUUUUCGGAAGCUCAAAGCAAUUAAACUUUCCAGCCCCAAGCUGAGCAACAUCACCGCAGUGGGCUGCAUCUUCGUGUACGCCACCGUCAUCCUGCUGGGCCUGGACCACUCGACGCUGCCCUCGGCGGAGGACUCCUUUGCCACAGUCUGCACGGCACGCGUCUAUCUGCUCUCCGCUGGAUUCUCGCUGGCCUUCGGUUCGAUGUUCGCCAAGACGUACAGAGUGCACAGGAUCUUCACCCGCACUGGCAGCGUUUUCAAGGACAAGAUGCUGCAGGAUAUUCAGCUAAUCCUGCUCGUUGGGGGCCUGCUCCUGGUGGAUGCCCUGCUGGUGACACUCUGGGUGGUCACCGAUCCCAUGGAGCGGCAUCUCCACAAUCUGACGCUGGAGAUAAGCGCCAUCGACCGGAGUGUGGUGUAUCAACCUCAGGUGGAAGUCUGUCGGUCGCAGCACACCCAAACCUGGCUGAGUGUCCUUUACGCCUACAAGGGCCUCCUGCUCGUGGUGGGCGUGUACAUGGCCUGGGAGACGCGCCACGUCAAGAUCCCCGCCCUGAAUGACUCACAGUACAUUGGUGUCUCCGUCUACAGUGUGGUCAUCACCAGUGCCAUUGUCGUGGUCCUGGCCAACCUGAUCUCGGAGCGGGUGACUCUGGCCUUUAUCACCAUUACGGCCCUGAUCCUGACCAGCACCACGGCGACGCUCUGCCUGCUCUUUAUACCCAAGCUCCAUGACAUUUGGGCGAGAAACGACAUCAUUGAUCCUGUGAUCCAUAGCAUGGGCCUGAAGAUGGAGUGCAACACACGACGCUUCGUCGUGGACGAUCGCCGGGAGUUGCAGUAUCGCGUAGAGGUCCAGAAUAGGGUCUACAAGAAGGAGAUUCAAGCCUUGGAUGCGGAAAUCCGGAAACUAGAACGUCUGCUGGAGUCUGGACUGGCCACCUCCACCACGACCUCGUCCUCCACCUCACUGCUGACCGGAGGACACCUCAAGCCGGAAUUGACAGUGACCACGCAGAUUCCCUUGCCCAGCAAAUCGCGAACGCCCAGCAUUUCGGGCAUCCUUCCAAAUCUGUUGCUCUCCGUGCUGCCACCGGUGAUUCCCCGGGCCAGCUGGCCCUCGGCGGAGUACAUGCAGAUCCCGAUGCGUCGCUCGGUGACCUUUGCCUCGCAGCCGCAGCUGGAAGAGGCCUGCCUGCCCGCCCAGGAUCUGAUCAAUCUCCGGCUGGCCCACCAACAGGCCACAGAGGCCUCCAAAACGGGUCUCAUUAACCGGCUGCGGGGCAUCUUCUCGCGCACCACCUCCAGCAACAAGGGCUCCACGGCCAGUUUGGCCGAUCAGCAGCAGAAGGGCCUGAAGGCCGCCUUCAAGUCGCACAUGGGUCUGUUCACCCGCCUGAUUCCCUCCUCGCAGACCGCCUCCUGCAAUGCCAUUUACAAUGCCCCCAUCCAGGGCAGCGGCUCCGAGGUGACUCCCCUGGACUCUGCCCACUCGAAUGGCAGCCAUUUGAAGCCCAUUCACCGCGGGUCGCUGACCAAGAGCGGCACCCAUCUGGAUCACCUGGCCAAGGAUCCCAAUUUCCUGCCCAUUCCCACCAUUUCGGGGGGAGAUCAGACUGUGUCUGGGUCCGUGGACCAGCAGCCGGGAAAGUUUGUAAAGCUGCUGGAGACCAAGGUGAACUUUCAGCUGCCCAGCAAUAGGAGGCCAUCGGUGGUGCAGCCUGUGCCCAGUUUGAGGGAAAGGGUUAGGGGUUCACCUCGCUUCCCCCACCGCAUCCUGCCGCCCACCUGCAGCCUGAGUGCUCUGGCCGAGUCCGAGGAUCGUCCCAAUGAGGCUAGUCUCUCCAUCGUGGGCAGCUGCAAGUCCAUACCCAGGAUAUCGCUGCAGCAUGCCACCAGCGGCGGCACCUGGAAGUCCAUGGAGACGGCGGCCAAGUCCAGGCUGUCGUUGGGUGACUCCCAGGAGGAGGAGCAGCAGCAGCAGCAGCAGCUGGCGACCGUAAAGGUUGAGGCAUUGCCACUAAAUGGCCUGGAUUAGGUUUAGCGAGCUCCACAAGUCCACAUGUCCAAGUCCUCGUCAAUUAGAAGCGAAACACCAAGCAAUUAUCUCCCGCCAGCCCCCAGAGGAACAACUGACCAAUCAUCAGCUUAAAGCAAUCAAACGCAUUAGGGUAAAUCGCUAGAUAAGUCACGAUAGGAAUACCCCUACUUCUGACCCCCCAUCUAGCUGCAGAAAUUACACACAGAGAAAAGUUCUUGAAAGAGUAGCAAUUGAAUUUACCAAGUAAAGUAAUCUUAGCGCAAAGUCAUCCUCUAGUUAUUCGUGUGCGUGUUGAGUCUUUGUAUUUAAAUAUGAAAAUAGUUUUUUAAAAACUAUCAUCAAUCAAUCAAUCAAUCAAUCAGUAUUCCGCUUGAACAGAAAUUUUAGGAAAAAGCUCUC